GAUCCCGGGGGUUGCCACGGCUAUCUCCGCGUCCGACGUGCAGGACAUCUGCCGAAAUUCUCGGGUGCAGUGUUCGCCGCUAUCAUGAGCUACACAGGCUUUGUCCAAGGAUCUGAAACCACUUUGCAGUCAACGUACUCAGAUACAAGUGCUCAGCCCACCUGUGAUUAUGGAUAUGGAACUUGGAACUCUGGGACGAACAGAGGCUACGAGAACUAUGGUUAUGGCUAUGGUUAUGGCCAGGAUAACACCACCAACUAUGGGUACGGUAUGGCCACUUCAAACUCUUGGGAAAUUCCUAGCUCUGACACAAAUGCAAACCCUAGUGCUGUGGGUAGCGCCAGUGCUGAUUCCAUUUUAUCCAGAAUUAACCAGCGCUUAGAUAUGGUGCCGCACUUGGAGACAGACAUGAUACAAGGAGGCGUGUACAGCUCGGGUGGAGAAAGAUAUGAUUCCUACGAGGCCUGUGACUCAAGGGCUGUCCUGAAUGAGCGUGACCUUUACCGGUCGGGCUACGACUAUGGCGAACUUGACCCUGAGAUGGAAAUGGCCUACGAGAGCCAAUACGAUGCCUACCGAGACCAGUUUCGCAUGCGUGGCGGCGACACCUUUGGCCCACGGGCUCAGGGCUGGGCCCGGGACUCCCGUAGUAGCCGGCCAGUGGCCUCAGGCUAUGGGCGCAUGUGGGAAGACCCCAUGGGGGCCCGGGGCCAGUGCAUGCCUGGUGCCUCCCGGCUGCCCUCCCUCUUCUCCCAGAACAUCAUCCCGGAGUAUGGCAUGUUCCAGGGCAUGCGUGGUGGGGGUGCCUUCUCAGGCAGCUCCCGCUUUGGCUUCGGGUUUGGCAAUGGCAUGAAGCAGAUGAGGAGGACCUGGAAGACUUGGACCACAGCUGACUUCCGGACCAAGAAGAAGAAGAGAAAGCAGUGCGGCAGUCCUGAUGAGCCAGACAGCAAAGCCUCCCGGACUGACUGCUCAGAUAAUAGUGACUCGGACAAUGAUGAGGGCACCGAGGGGGAAGCUGUAGAUGGCACUGAAGUUGCAGACGCUGUGGAAAAGGGCUCCAGAGUGGAAGGAGAAGAUGAUGAGGGAAAAGAGGAGGGGAAGGAAGACCGCAAAGAGGAUACAGACAAGGGAUCUCUGAGCAUCCAGGAUGAGAGCAGCCAGACCAAGCACAAGUUACAGGCAGGCAAGAAGAGCCAGGACAAACAGAAGAAGCGGCAGCGAGACCGCAUGGUGGAAAGGAUCCAGUUUGUGUGUUCUCUCUGCAAGUACCGGACCUUCUAUGAGGAUGAGAUGGCUAGCCACCUCGACAGCAAGUUCCACAAGGAGCACUUUAAGUACGUAGGCACCAAACUUCCCAAGCAGACAGCUGACUUUCUGCAGGAGUAUGUCACCAACAAGACCAAGAAGACAGAGGAGCUCCGAAAAACUGUGGAGGACCUUGAUGGUUUGAUCCAGCAGAUCUAUAGAGACCAGGAUCUGACACAAGAAAUUGCCCUGGAGCAUUUUGUGAAGAAGGUUGAGGCAGCCCACUGUGCAGCCUGUGACCUUUUCAUUCCCAUGCAGUUUGGGAUCAUCCAGAAGCACCUCAAGACCGUGGAUCACAAUCGGAAUCGCAGGCUGGAGAUUCAGUUGUCCAGUACCAUUUGUUGAAGAAACUAUUCUUUCCUCAUUGUGAAUGAUCACGGCACCGUUGUCAAAAAUCAGUAGACCAUAGCUACGUGGGUUUAUUUCUGGACUUUCAGUUCUACUCUAUUGUUCUAUAUAUCCUUAUGCUUGUACCGCAUUGUAGCUUUGUAGUAAGAUUUGAAAUCGCGAAGUGUGAAUCCUCCAGUUUUGUUCCUCUUUUGUCAAGAUUGUUUUGGUUAUUCUGUGAUCCUUGAGUUUUCCUGAGUUUUAGGAUCAACUUGUCAGUGUCUACAAAGAAGUCAGCUAGUAUUGUGAUAGGAUUGUGUCCAAUUUCCAUAUCAAGUUGGGAAAUACUGCUAUCUCAACAGUAUUGUCUUCUGUUCUAUAAAUAAGGAUGUCCCUCCUUGUAUUUAGAUCAUCUUUAAUUUUUUUAUUUUAUUUAUUAAUUUGAGAGAGAGAAAGGGGAAAAAGAAAGAGAGGAAAAGAGAGAAACAUUGAUUUGUU